AAUUAUUAGGAAAAAAAAGAAGCAAAAAAAGCGACGAGGGAGCAUGAAGUCGAAGAAGACCAAACCGAACUGAAUUUUCAAGUUUAACGUUCCGAUUCUGGUUUCGAUUGCAGAAUUGCUUGCCUCCCUUGCUUCUUCUAUGCAUCUUCCUAUCGGUUCUUUGCUUCUCGAUUUGAAAUUUGUUAUAGGAGAAUCAAAGAAUCCACGUUCGGUGGCGGAACGAGCUGCCACCAGCACCGUUUGCACUCCGAGCAGCUUUUGGUGACAAAACUGAGUUGCAGUGAACGUUAUUAAGAUCUAAGUCAUGUGGACGAAUGUUUUCAAGAUUGUAGGUCUUCAUCAACUAUCGUGGUUCCAGUUUCUUCCUCAGGAAUCUGAUGACAAUUCUUUACCUGACAAAAGUGUGAAAUCAGAGCAAAAAGAUGCUGCCAUGUUGCAGGUCAUUUCGGCUCACCUGCAAUUGCAGAAGGAGGGAUUUUUCAGCACAUGGACAAAUUCUUUUGUUGGACCUUGGGAUCCAUCUCAAGGCUUGCAUAAUCCGGAUGAAAAAAUCAAGCUUUGGCUUUUUCUUCCAGAACGCCAUUCAUCCGUUGUUGAGACUGCUCAACCUGCAGUUUCUAGGUUAAAAGUUAUCGCUUCUGGACUUUGGUUGGCUCCUGGGGACUCAGAAGAGGUUGCAGCCGCACUUUCUCAGGCUUUAAGAAAUUGUAUCGAGAGAGCACUAAGUGGACUUUCCUAUGUGAGAUUUGGAGAUGUAUUCACAAAAUCUCAUCCGUCUCAUAGCGAAGAACCUUUGUGGAGACGGCAGCCCGUGGUGGAGUUCAUCUUUGCUGCAACUGAAGAGGCAAUCUUUGUCCACGUCAUAAUGUCUGCAAAGCAUAUUCGUGCACUUUCUAGUGGUGACAUGGAACAGUUGUUAACGCGUUCAUCUAACAGAUCUGGUUACGGACUUCCAGUGAUUGUUUCUCCUCAUGGAAUGCGUGGUUGGCUCACAGGAUGUUGCCCAAAUGAUCUUGUCAAACAAGUGUAUUUGAGAUCCAGGACAUCAAAUGGAUCUAUUAUACAGCAUUAUGUUUCUCAAGGUUCUGGUUGUCAGCUGAGGGGACAAAAUUGCUAUGUUGAAGUUACAAUUGGUUGCCCUAGAUCUGAAAGUGAGAAGGCACUGCAAUCAAACUCAAAUUCCAUCAGGAAUUUACCUAGGUAUAAUGUUGCAGAAUCUCCUGUGGUUGGAAGAGGUGACCAGAAGGUAUCACCAGAUCAUUUAUUGGCAAGAGAGAGAACAUUUAUCUAUCCCGCUGAGGCAGUGGUUGUCCCCGUCUUACAAACACCAUUUGCCAAAUCUUCAUUGAAGAGAUUUUGGCUGCAAAACUGGAUAGGGCCAUCUUUGCCUGGUUCAUCUUUCUUUGUGCAUUGUGCUGGCAAUGCAGUGUCUAUGCAUGGAUCUUGGAUUGAGACCAGCGGAGUACACAUGGAGUGCAGUUACAACAGCAGUAGCAAUAGUAAUAGUAGCAGUGUUAGCUCAAUUAGCAGCAGCUCCAGUGAUAGUGAAUAUAAGAUGACUACUGGUUCUGGAGACCUUGAGGCUGAUGCAGAUUCAUUAACAUGUCGAAAGUCCGGUUUAUCUUCUAGUGAUCAGAUAGAAAACGAUUCCUCCAAAUUGGGUUUGAAGCGCCCUCGAGCAAGUACAGCAGAGUCAUUUGGUCAAGCGGGUACGGUCACUAAUGCUCACAUGCAAGAUGCAUACAAAUCUGAUUUUGGUUCUGGAGAAGUAAACAAUUCAGAUAUCACAGGAGUUGCAAAUGAGCAGAUAGGAUCUCAUUGGGAUUGGGAUGAUGACGACAAAGGUAUAGGCAUGGAUAUCCAAGCUCUACUCUCCGAGUUUGGAGAUUUCGGGGACUUUUUUGAGAAUGAUGUUUUACCUUUUGGGGAGCCUCCUGGAACUGCAGAGUCACAAGCUCUAAUGUUCCCUGCUCCAGAAUGUGGAGAUGUUGAUGGCAGCCCAGGCAUGGUGGAUGUUUCAAAUCAGAUGCUUUUACCUGUAGGUUUUCCAACUUUUGAUAACUUUAAUACUCCUCCCGCAGUCACUGAGGAGUGUGUGAGCAAAAAUCAAGAAGUGGAAAACAGUGGAAUGAGCAUUGCCAUUGAUCCAAUUGACUGCCCUCCAGCUUCUUUGACAAGUGAGUUUGAUCAUCUAAUUAAAGCUGAAGCUUUGAUGACAUUUGCUCCGGAGUAUGGAGCAGUUGAGACCCCUACCAGUGAGUUAUCUUUAUCUAAAUUCAGAAACCCAUAUGUCCCAAAAUCAUGUAAACUGGAGAGCUCAAAUUCAAGCCCAAACAAUUACGUUUAUGGUGCGACACCGCCUUCUUCACCCUGCUUAGAUGUAUCAGAUGAGAAGACUGGCACUGUUGUCAAUCCAAAAAUCUGCCCUGGAAGACAUGAUGCAAACGGUAUUCGUCAAUCAGGUAAAUAUUACAUUUAUGUGGACAGUGGGAAAAUGAAACAAGAUAAGAAAUUAUUCACCAACAAUGGUGGCACUGCUGCUAGUGAUGGAAUGGCGACAUCUGCAUUGUCAACUUUCAAUUCUACAAAUGCUGUGAAUUCCAUCCAGAGUAAAAUAUCUGAAGGAACAUCAGCAACAGAGCAUAUCCUCUUAUCUACGAAAACUGUCCUGGCUACUGAAGUUGAAUGCAUUAUGUUCCAAGCUUCUAUGUGCAAGAUGAGGCACCUACUCUUAUCAUCCAGUAUACCUGCACCUCCUAGCUUGAGUUGGUUAACUGGAAGCACUGUUUUGAAUCAGCUGGCUGGUGACUGUAGUACAAUGACUGACAAUGUAUCUAGCUGGUAUGAAGUGAAGAAAAAAGAAUCUAUACCAGUUAGAAUAGCUGGUGAUUUUGAUGGUGUUGUUCAAGAUGGGCAUUUGAGUGCACCUGUUGGUGUUUGGCGUUCUGUUGGAGUUGCUAACGUAUCAAAACCUACUAAUUCACCAAGUAUUGAAGUUAUCCCAUCUUUGCCUCAUCACGCAUUCACUGAGGAAGGCAUUCUCUCUUACCAGCAGACACAGCACCUAAUGGAGCUUCUUGAUGGCUUGCCAUUACUAGUCCAGCAAGCUACAUCUUUUGUUGAUGUGGCUUUGGACACAGAUUGUGGCGAUGGCCCUUAUGGUUGGCUUGCAUUGCAAGAGCAAUGGAGGCGGGGUUUCUCAUGUGGUCCGUCAAUGGUCCAUGCAGGAUGCGGGGGAACUUUGGCUUCUUGUCAUUCAUUGGACAUUGCUGGUGUGGAGUUAAUUGAUCCUCUUUCUGCAGAUAUUCAUCCUUCUUCUGUGAUCAGUUUGCUGCAGUCUGAAAUCAAAACAGCCUUAAAAACUGCAUUUGGAAAUUUAGUUGGUCCCUUGUCUGUCAUAGAUUGGUGCAAAGGACGCAGUCAAUCAUGUGAUACACCAAUGACUGGGGAUGGAUCUUUUGCAGAGUCCAAUAUAAGUGAAUACCGAGAUUCUUCAAGUACUUUUACUUCAUCUGUUGGAGAACCAAUGAGUCCAACUCAGUCUUCUGCUGGAUCUUCUACCCUCAAAGUUACCAGUGCAACAGAUGGGUCAAAAGUGGAUGAGACAUGCCAAAGAAGAUCAAGCCAAGAAAUAGAGUUGGAGCAGCAAUUGUGCUGUCGUCUUAGACCAACGCUUUCUGUUCUGCCUUCACCUGCGAUACUUGUGGGGUUCCAGGAUGAUUGGCUUAAGACAUCGGCAUGCUCUUUACAACACUGGGAGAAGGCUCCUCUCGAACCAUAUGCUAUGCAAAAGCGUAUUAGUUACAACGUUAUAUGUCCAGACAUUGAUCCCCUAAUUUCUGCUGCUACCGACUUUUUCCAACAGCUGGGAACUGUUUACGGGACAUGCAGACUGGGAACUCAUUCACCUCAUAGCUUGGGAAACCAGAUGGAAAUUGACUCUGGGAAAUUGUCAUCUUCUGGUUUUGUUCUACUUGACUGCCCGCGUUCAAUGAAGAUUGAAAGCAGUGAUGCAUCCCUUGUGGGAUCAAUAAGCGAUUAUUUACUGUCUCUGUCAAACGGUUGGGAUAUGACAAGUUAUCUUAAGUCUCUUACGAAGGCUAUUAAAGCUUUGAAGAUUGGUCAAUGCUUACCCACAAAUCCAAAAGAAGGAAUUAGUAGUCCUUGCAUGGUUAUCUAUGUAGUCUGCCCCUUCCCUGAGCCUAACGCGGUUCUACAAACAGUUGUUGCAUCUUCUAUUGCUGUGGGAUCGGUUAUUCUUGCACCAGAGAGAGAAAGAAGAUCUGUAUUGAAGAGUCAGGUUGAGAAGGCACUAAGCUGUUCUGCAGCUGUCGAUGAAGCAUUGGUAUCAAAUGUUCUUGCAUUAUCAGGAUUCAGUAUUCCUAAAUUAGUAUUGCAGAUUAUUACAGUUGAUGCCAUAUUCAGGGUUACAACACCAGCUCUUAAUGACCUUGUCAUUCUAAAAGAGACUGCUUUCACCAUAUACAACAAAGCGAGGCGAAUUCCUCGAGGAUCCUCUAAUGAUGCCAUCCCAUCAUCAUUGUUAUCCACUAGAUCACAUUCAGUUUUGACACAAAUGGCUCCUAUUCCCGGGAUGUGGAAGGACUGUCUUGGUCCUCGAGUCACUGGAACUUCUCUUCCCAGAGAGGGUCAAAUAGAUGCUGGUUUGAGAUCUGGUAGCUGGGACAAUUCGUGGCAAACAACUAGAUCUAUGGGUUCAAACUGUGAUCCAAACAGAAAUGGAGAAUCUGUUGUCCAUGAUGAGAUUCGUUAUAUGUUUGAACCACUUUUUAUCCUUGCGGAACCCGGUUCUUUAGAGCAUGCAGUAUCACCUUCAGCUCUUGGUAACUUAGCCUCUGAAUCUUCAAAGCCAUUAGUUGAUGAUGGUAGUGGAGGCUUCAUCCAAAGCACUGGUUCAGCAGGAACUACGGAUACCGGACUGGGAUCACAACUUGAUUUACCUGAGCCUGAUGGCUUUGGGUCUGGCUGUCAAAGGACUCUUGCAAGCCUGCAUUGUUGCUAUGGAUGGACAGAGGAUUGGCGCUGGUUGGCAUGUGUCUGGACAGAUGCCAGGGGAGAAUUGCUAGACAGCCACAUAUUUCCUUUUGGUGGAAUUAGCAGUCGGCAAGACACAAAGGGUUUGCAAUGCCUGUUUGUGCAAAUUCUUCAUCAAGGCUGUCAGAUACUUCAGGCAUGCUCCUCAUCUGAUACCGAUGCUGCCAAACCUAGGGAUUUCAUGAUUGCACGUAUUGGAAGUUUCUAUGAGCUUGAAUACCUAGAGUGGCAGAAAGCCAUUUAUUCAGUUGGGGGAUCUGACGUAAAGAAAUGGCCCCUGCAACUGCGGCGAUCUGUGCCUGAUGGGAUGCCUGCCAACAAUAAUGGGUCUUCCUUGCAGCAACAAGACAUGAGCUUGAUCCAAGAUAGAACUCUCCCCUCCUCACCUAAUCCAUUAUAUAGCCUUCAUUCAAAGACCUCUGGCUUUAUGAAAGGUGUUUUAGGACAACCCAAUACGAGAAAGCAGCUUAUGGGCUCACAUGUAGUGGCUGACAACUCCAGAGGGAUGCUUCAAUGGGUGCAGAGCAUUAGUUUUGCUGCGAUCUCAAUGGACCAUUCUUUGCAUUUAGUUUUGCAAGCUGAUUCACUGUCUUCCGGUUCUUUGGUAGGUAUUGAUGGCAAGUCUGGUGCAGGAGGAACUCAGGGUGUUAAUGGCAUGGGGCCAUCUUGCUAUCUGGAAGGGUUCACUCCAGUUAAAUCUCUUGGCUCAACAUCUGCAGCUUAUAUGUUAAUUCCAUCCCCUAGCAUGCGCUUCCUCCCACCAACACCUCUUCAGCUUCCCACAUGCCUAACUACAGAGUCGCCACCUCUUGCCCAUCUCCUUCACAGCAAGGGCUUUGCGAUUCCCCUUUCCACUGGUUUUGUGGUUUCAAAAGCUGUACCUUCAAUGAGGAAAGACUGUAGGAGUAACUCAAGAGAAGAAUGGCCUUCGGUUCUUUCAGUCAGCCUCAUUGAUUAUUAUGGAAGUAAUAAUGUUCCUCGGGAUAAACUUCUCAGGGGAGUCAUGAAACAGGGAGGGCGUACUCCAAGCUCGGAAGCUAAAGAUUUUGAAAUUGAGACCCAUUUCAUCCUCAAGUCUAUUGCAGCAGAGAUUCAUGCCCUGUCAUGGAUGACUGCGAGCCCGGCCUAUUUGGAAAGACGAACUGCACUGCCAUUCCAUUGUGACAUGGUUUUAAGAUUGAGAAGGUUGCUUGAUUUUGCUGAGAAAGAGCUCUCACGGCAGCCGGACAGCUCAUGCUAACAACCGCGAAGUCAAUAACGUUUAACACAUGAAAAUUGAGGUAAUGAAGGAUCAGGGUGGUUUUCGUCCUAUAUUCUUCAAACUAUAUUGUAAUUUGUAGAUGCACAUGUUGCUUGCUGAUUCUAGGCAGGCCUUUUUGAGGCCUCAGAUAUAGAUGUUACAGUAAUAUGGAAACUGGAAAGUAGUAGUCAGAUCAAACCAAUGCGGUAAGUUGUAGAUUGUGCAAAAUGUAAAUGAUUUUAUAGGGUUACUCAUUGGAACUCUAGGACUGUAGGACAGCUUGAUUAGAAAACAUGGUUGGAGGUGGAGCAUUUUUUUCUUUUGUAGAAGAGCAAAUGUUGGGCUACCUCUACAUUUUUUUUUUUCUGCUCUCUUUUGCUAGUACUUUGCAACAUAGCGUUCAGUAUCUGAAAAAUCUUUCAUUAGA